UUGUGUCGGACGCAACAAAAAUUCGUUACGAAGAUAUGUAUGUGAAGAUAUGUUUUUGCAAUGCGUAGAGUGCUUUGUUGUUAAAAUAUCGAGAACUGUUUUAAAUUCGGCAAUUCGAAAACUGUGAACGGAGCAACAGUUGAUAUUAGUGUUUAGUAGAAGGAAGCAUAGCAAAUGUCUUAAAACAAAACAGCUGUCAUAAUUCCGAGUCCAUUUAUUGAAUUCAAGAAAGUGCGCGUCUAAAAAUGUUGAAACUUUUCAAAAAAACCAAGGAUAAAAUUCCGAAAUCUGAAAUUAUAAUUGAACCCAAAGAACUAAAAACUCCGCCCUUGUCCAAAUGCGGCAAACCUCUGCUGUUGGACAAUACGCGCUGGGAGCGUCGGCUACACAAAGAGCUUAUGUCCUUGAUCAAGGAGCCACCACCAGGCGUGACAGUGGACACCGAGAGCGUACAGCAAAAUUUAUCAGAAUGGAAAAUAAAUAUCAAAGGUUUCGAGGGCACACUUUAUGAAGGCGAGGACUUUCAGUUGCUAUUUAAAUUCAACAAUAAAUAUCCCUUUGAUUCGCCAGAAGUUACUUUUAUUGGGAAUAACAUACCCGUACAUCCACACGUCUACUCCAAUGGCCACAUAUGCUUGUCCAUACUGACCGAAGACUGGUCGCCGGCAUUGUCAGUCCAAUCGGUGUGCCUUAGCAUUGCCUCUAUGUUGAGCAGUUGUCGCGAGAAAAAGCGUCCUCCAGACAAUACGCUCUACGUAAAGACAUGCAACAAGAAUCCCAAAAAGACUAAGUGGUGGUACCACGAUGAUUCUGUUUAGUACGCGUUGCAAUGAUUACUACUGCAUGCUGUUUCUGUUGCCCACACACAAAAAUUAGAACAUAAACAUAACAUGCAAAAUACAACACGCUAGCCGAUAUCAAACUGGCGCAUCAUGUUGCUGAAAGGACACCAUCGCUGGAGCUUUUAACUCACAACUCCAAAACAUCAUCAAGAACAACAGACUACUUAAAGUAGGGCCACUUAAAAUAAAAAUUAGCUGUGACAAUUUUUCGCGUGCAACCCCAAUGAAAACACACUUAAAUAGAGCGUGGCACGAAUGGACUCUCAUUAGAAAAUUUAGAACUAACACAAUCUGAUUGCAAUAUUAGUGGCAAUAGUAUAAAAGGAACUGCAAUAUUGAUAACAAUCACCAAUACAAAAUGCAAAACAAGAAAAAUUAUUUCAAUAAUCAAAAACGGAAGCGAGAAUGUAAAGUUAAACUAUUAUAAAAUGUUAACAUUUUAAAUUAGAUUGUUAAGUGCGAAAUUUACGUAUAAAUUAAAUGUUACUUACCACCUACGACAGUAGGUUAAAUGUAA